UAAUGUUAACUUGGAUUUUGCAGGUAUAUUAUAAAAGGGGUUUGGGUGUCUAUUCUUUCACCACUUAUCCAAUGGGGAAAUUAGCUUUGCUUCAUUUGCUUUGUGGUAUCUUUAUUUUUUGGGCUGUCUCUGUGGUAAAAGCAGAGGAUCCUUAUAAAUACUUCACAUGGACUGCCACUUAUGGAAUGGCUUCUCCAUUAGGUACUCCCCAGCAGGUAAUCCUUAUCAAUGGUCAAUUCCCUGGUCCUAGGCUUGACCUUGUCACUAAUGAUAAUAUUGUCCUCAACUUGAUUAAUAAGUUGGAUGAGCCCCUUCUCUUGACAUGGAACGGAAUCAAACAGAGAAAGAACUCUUGGCAAGACGGAGUUUUGGGAACAAAUUGUCCUAUUCCUCCAAACAGAAAUUACAUUUACAAGUUUCAACCUAAAGAUCAGAUUGGGAGCUAUACUUAUUUCCCUUCAACUCAACUGCACAGAGCUGCUGGAGGUUUUGGAGUGCUUAAUGUUUAUGCGAGAUCUGUAAUCCCUGUUCCAUAUGCAAAACCUGCUGGAGAUUUCAGUUUGCUUAUUGGUGAUUGGUACAAGACUAGUCAUAAGGCAUUGCGGCAAAUAUUGGAUUCAGGGAAGUCUCUUCCCUUCCCAGAUGGUCUCCUUAUAAAUGGCCAAAGGCAGUCAACUUUCACUGGCGAUCAAGGCAAAACAUAUAUGUUCAGGAUUUCAAAUGUGGGUUUGAAAACUACCAUUAACUUCAGAAUUCAGGGCCACAAGAUGAAGUUGGUAGAGGUUGAAGGAUCGCAUGUCAUUCAAAAUUUAUACGAUUCUUUUGAUGUCCAUGUUGGUCAAUCUUUAUCUAUCCUUGUCACAUUGGAUCAAUCUCCAAAGGACUACUACAUUGUUGCAUCUACAAGGUUCACGACAACUGUUCUGACUUCCACCUCAGUGCUCCACUACACAAACUCUCAAACACCCGUAUCUGGACCUGUGCCAGCUGGUCCAGUUAAUCAAUUUCAGUGGUCGUUGAUGCAAGCCAGAACAAUCAGGUGGAAUCUGACAUCUAAUGCAGCUAGACCAAAUCCUCAGGGUUCAUUCCAUUAUGGAAAAAUUACACCUUCAAGGACAAUUUUGCUUGCCAACUCUGCACCACUUAUCAACGGGAAGCAGAGAUAUGCUGUCAAUGGUAUCUCUUACAUUCAUCCUGACACUCCUCUGAAGCUUGCUGAUCACUUUAACAUCCCCGGGGUGUUCACUUUGGAUUCCAUUCGAAGUGCUCCCACUGCUGAUUCUCCACACCUAGCUACAGCUGUGUUGCCAUCUUCUCUCCAUGAGUUCCUCGAAAUCGUUUUCCAAAACAAUGAAGACACAAUGCAAUCUUGGCAUCUUGAUGGUUAUGAUUUCUGGGUCGUAGGUUUCGGAUCAGGUACUUGGACACAAGCUAGUAGAAAAGGGUAUAAUCUUGUUGAUGCUCUUACAAGACAUACUACACAGGUUUAUCCUAAAUCUUGGACUGCUAUAUUUGUGUCAUUGGACAACCAAGGAAUGUGGAAUUUGAGGUCUGCAAUGUGGGAUAGACAAUAUCUUGGACAACAGGUUUACCUCAGGGUAUACAAUCCAACAGCCAGUUUAGCUAAUGAAUAUGACAUACCUACCAAUGCUCUUCUCUGUGGCAAAGCUGCUGCACUUCGACAUCCUUAAUUUGGUCUCAUAUUUAUUAAAGUUAAUAUUAUGUUUUCUUGGUCAUAAGAGGUUGACUACAAGAGAUGCCGGCAAAAGAAACUACUUGCUACAUAUGUUGUAAUACAUAGCAAGCAAAUAUUUUGUGAGUAAGUUAAUAUUUGAUGUUUAAGAUUUUACUAUAUUUAUGGAACCUUGGCCGAAAGAUUAUAU